GAGUAACGCUCCGUCGUGGAGGCAGUGUCCUCAGCUGCUAACGCCAAUCUUGCUCUGCUUUUCUUGAUAUCGCAAAGACAGAAUACUGUAUGAAUACAGAAGUGUGGCACUUCAGAAUGUUAAAGGGAGCUCAACAGUUUGUUGGCAAAUCCCUUCAGCCAGCACGACCUGUGUCCCAUCUGUCUUCUAAACAAGCAUCAGAAGUUGCUUUCAACUUUCAGGCUGAACUGCCUAGCAACGCUCACGUAUGUUUGCAGAAUAAGGUUGACUGGCUAUCUGAAGUGACUGAAAUGAAGAUCUUGUCUCAAAAUACAGUGCCUCUUCAACCCAAACAGCAUGAAUUAGAUGCAAAAAAAGAAAGGAUCAAAUACAGCAGAGAUUUCCUUCUGGAGCUUUCAAGCGUGUCUCUCUCUCAAAAGAAGCCAGAGUUUCUGCCUGAUCAUCCAAUUGUACUUGAAAAACCAGAGAACAGCAACCCUUUUGUUGACAUAUGCAAGAAGUGACAGGUAGCUUGGAAGAUGAGAAAUCCAUCUGUGCAGGAGCUACGUAUAAUGUAGGCCUUAAAGAUUUUUAAAGGUACUUGGGUGCCUACAUCUGAACACAGGAGCUUACAAAGUCUGUAGAAAUACCUAUUUCUAUCUGUAAUUUCCUGAAUGCUUUGAAAGGCAAACCACUUUGUAGUACCUGAGAUGGUGAUACAGUUGCUGUGAAAAUAAAUUAUUUUACAGUUUGGUGUGACCGA